AUGAUAGGUAUUCAACGACCUCUUGCAAUGAUUUAUGAUUGUACAAAAAGUAUCUAUAUUCCACGUGCUACCAGUAGCCCUUCUUUAAAUCGUUCGACAUUAUGGCAUUUUACUCCUGAAAAUCGCAUUCAAAUUGGUAGUCAUAUUACUGGUGGAGACAUAUUUGGUACAGUACCAGAAGAUCAAAUUAUUCAACAUCGAUUAAUGCUUCAUCCAAAAGCAAAAGGAACUGUGACUUAUAUUGCACCGGAAGGCAAUUAUACCCUUGAAGAUGUUAUUCUUGAAACUGAAUUCAAUGGAGAAAAAAGUGAACAUACAAUGCUUCAAAUAUGGCCAAUUCGACAGAUGCGACCGGUGACUGAAAAACUUGUCCCUAAUCAUCCAUUAUUAAUGGGUCAACGUGUUUUAGAUUCAUUAUUUCCAUGUGUUCAAGGUGGUACAAUAGCUAUUCCCGGUGCUUUUGGUUGUGGAAAAGGAAGUAUUACUCAAUCAUUAGCAAAAUAUUCUAAUAGUGAUGCCAUGAUUUAUGUUGGAUGUGGAGAACGUGGAAAUGAAAUGGCUGAAGUUUUACAAGAUUUUCCACAAUUAAAAAUGGAAAUAGAAGGAAAAGAGGUAUCAAUUAUGGAACGAACAACAUUAAUAGCCAAUACAACCAAUAUGCCUGUCGCGGCACGUGAAGCUUCCAUUUAUACAGGUGUAACAAUGUCGGAAUAUUUUCGUGAUAUGGGUUACAAUAUUAUGCUGAUGGCUGAUUCGACCUCACGUUGGGUCGAAGCUUUACGUGAAAUUUCUAUUGGUUUAGCUGAAAUGCCCGGUGGUUAUCCAACUUAUCUCGGUUCACGUUUAGCUUCAUUUUAUGACCGUGCUGGUCGUGUUCGAUGUUUAGGUAAUCCAGAACGUGAAGGUUCUGUGAGCAUUGUUGGAACAUUUUCUCCUCCCGGUGGUGAUUUCACUGAUCCAUUAGCAGCAAUAACAUUAAGUACUGUUCAAGUAUUUUGGGCUUUAGAUAAGAAAUUAGCACAACGUAAACAUUUUCCAUCGGUCAAUUGGUUUAUGUCAUAUAGUAAAUAUGCACAUAUUCUUGAUGAUUAUUAUGAGAAAAAUUUUCCUGAAUUUGUUCCAUUACGCACGAAGUGUAAAGAAAUAUUAGAAAAAGAAAAAACACUUUCUAAUCUUGUUCAAUUAGUGGGAAAAUCAUCAUUACCUGAAACAGAUCAAAUUACAUUGGAAGUUGCUCCUAUUCCCGGUGCUUUUGGUUGUGGAAAAGGAAGUAUUACUCAAUCAUUAGCAAAAUAUUCUAAUAGUGAUGCCAUGAUUUAUGUUGGAUGUGGAGAACGUGGAAAUGAAAUGGUUGAAGUUUUACAAGAUUUUCCACAAUUAAAAAUGGAAAUAGAAGGAAAAGAGGUAUCAAUUAUGGAACGAACAACAUUAAUAGCCAAUACAACCAAUAUGCCUGUCGCUGCAGGUGAAGCUUCCAUUUAUACAGGUGUAACAAUAUCGGAAUAUUUUCGUGAUAUGGGUUACAAUGUUAUGCUGAUGGCUGAUUCGACCUCACGUUGGGUCGAAACUUUACGUGAAAUUUCAAUUGGUUUAGCUGAAAUGCCCGCUGGCUAUCCACCUUAUCUCGGUUCACGUUUAGCUUCAUUUUAUGACCGUGCUGGUCGUGUUCGAUGUUUAGGUAAUUCAGAACGUGAAGGUUCUGUGAGCAUUGUUGUAACAUUUUCUCGUCCCGGUGGUGAUUUCACUGAUCCACUAGCAGCAGUAACAUUAAGUAUUGUUCAAGUAUUUUGGGCUUUAGAUAAGAAAUUAGCACAACGUAAACAUUUUCCAUCGGUCAAUUGGUUUAUUUCACAUAGUAAAUAUGCACAUAUUCUUCAUAAUUAUUAUAGGUCUGGGUGUGUGGGUGUGGGUGUGUGGCUAUGGGUGUGGUUAUGGGUGUGGGUGUGGUUGUGGGUGUGGUUAUGGGUGUGGGUGUGGUUGUGGGUGGGUGUGUGCGGGUGUGAGUGGGCAUGGGUGUGGAUGUCGGUGGAUCUGAGAUGUCAGGAUCCAUUCACCUAAACCCACACCCACACCGACACCCACACCGACACCCACACCCACACCCACACCCACACCCACCCACACCCACACCUACACCCACACCCACACCCACACCCACACCCACACCCACACCCACACCCUACACAUCCGCCCACACUCAAUCCGCACCCCUCCCCCCAGGCACUCACACCCACAUCCAUACUCUGAAAAAAAAGGAGGUUUGCAGAACCCCUCAAAAAGGUUCUGUAGAUUUCUAAAAGCAUCCAAAUGUGUCCAAAGUCUCAAAAAACGGAUAAAAAAUUCGACAGAACCUUUUGAGGGUUCUG